AUGGCAAGGGAUGAUAAAGCGGAAGGAUCAGAUUAUAGGGUUAAAAAUACUUUGAUAGAGGGAAAUUACUGUGACAAGGAAGGGGCUGUCAAGAACUUGGAGAAUUCUGGAGAUUUGGAAAAGGACGUAGUCAGUUAUCAGAACCACAUAAAGUCAACAGGAAGUAGGGAUGAAGACUUGAUUGAAAAGAGAAAUAAGGAGAAAUUUGGGGAUAUUGACUUGAGAAUAAACAAGUUGGAGGAUGAAAUCAGAAAGUUAGAUGAUAUGGCUAGUGAGGGAGUUUAUGAUGGGAUUAUAGAGGCGAGAAUGAGGGCCCUAGUUAGCUUCUAUAAGAAAUGGUAUGUCAAAAAGGAAAUACAUUGGAAGCAAAUGUCAAUGUCUCGACAUGCUAAGCACAUGGAUAAGAACAUUAGAUAUUUUCAUAACUUAGCCUCAGUAAGAAGGAUGAAUAAUCAGAUUGAUGCUUUAGUGAUAAAUGGAAGAUUGGUGAGGAAUCAAGCCAAAAUUAAGAUUGUUAUAAUAGAUUUUUACAAGAACUUGUAUCAUCAGGAAGCGUCACCUCUGAUAGGUUUUCAGGAUGGACUAGUUAAUAAGAUACAGGAAGAAGAGGUUACAGAAUUAGAAAGGAUGCUUUUGGUUGAAGAAAUUAAGGAUUUAGUUUGGGAGUGUGAGUCGUCUAAGGCUUCUGACUAUGAUGAUUACAAUAUGAACUUUUGUUGGGGGGACAUUGAUUCUGAGUUCACUAGAGCUGUCAUGUAUUUCUUUCUGUCAGCUAAGCUGCCAAUAGAUUCUAAUGUUACAUGGGUGACGGCUGGCUCCAAAGUUUGUGAGAGCGAAGAAUAUUGA